UGCCGGGGAUGGACACAUAGGAGAACAUGCCGGGGAUGGACACAUAGGAUAACAUGCCGGGGAUGGACACAUAGGAUAACAUGCCGGGGAUGGACACAUAGGAUAACAUGCCGGGGAUGGACACAUAGGAUAACAUGCCGGGGAUGGACACAUAGGAUAACAUGCCGGGGAUGGACACAUGGGAUAACAUGCCGGGGAUGGACACAUGGGAUAACAUGCCGGGGAUGGACACAUAGGAUAACAUGCCGGGGAUGGACACAUGGGAUAACAUGCCGGGGAUGGACACAUAGGAUAACAUGCCGGGGAUGGACACAUGGGAUAACAUGCCGGGGAUGGACACAUGGGAUAACA